CGACUCAUUCCUGAACGACUCAUCACCUGCAAUGAAUCCUCCUUCCUAAAGUGAAAGCGUUUCUCCCUCAGACUCCAUUUUGUGGAGCGAUUUUAAACUUUUAAAGAAACUACGGCAGAAACGGUGAUAUUAAUCUCACACAACAAGGGCUGUUGACUAAAGGAGUGUGCUCCAUUCCAGCAGAAGAGAUCAGACUGUUCAGGACUCAACUGUGUGUUUGUGCAAACUUUACUAAUUUUCAAAGAUGGAGACUCCUGAUCUGGACACAGAUAAUGUUUCCCCACACUCAAAAACCAGUAAACUCCAGGGAAAGAGAUCAGAAUCACCAGCACCCAGCUGUAUCUCCAUGAAGAGUGAUCAGUCUAUGGAUAUUCCUCUGGAGUUUAAAGGUGGAGACUCCUCACUUCGACACAGUGUUCCACAGAGAGCAGGAGACAGAAUAGAAAAGAUCACCAUCACAGAUACAGGGCACGACCCAGAACCUGCUGCUGUGAAUGAAUUCCAGAAAAAGUUCAAAUUAAACCUGAUGAAGAAGUUUGAGUGUUUGAAUGGAGUGAUGAUAAACCUGGGAAACCAAACACUCCUGAAUGAGAUCUACACAGAGCUCUACAUCACAGAGGGAGACAGUGGAGAAGUCAAUAAAGAACAUGAGGUGAGACAGAUCGAGGCAGCAUCCAGGAGAACAACAACAGAGGACACACCAAUCAAAUGCAACGACAUCUUUAAGCCCUUAUCUGAACAACACAAACCCAUCAGAACUGUGCUGACAAAGGGAGUCGCUGGCAUCGGAAAAACAGUCUCUGUGCAGAAGUUCAUUCUGGACUGGGCUGAAGGGAAAGCAAAUCAGGACAUCCACCUCAUAUUUCCACUUCCUUUCAGAGAGCUGAAUCUGAUGAAGGACCAGAAACUGAGUGUGAUGGAGCUCCUUCAUGUCUGUUUUAAUGAAACAAAAGAAACAGAAAUGUCCAGUUUGGAAAAGGUUCUGUUCAUUUUUGACGGAUUGGACGAGUGUCGUUUUCCUCUAGAUUUCCAGAACACAGUGAGAGUGUGUGAUGUAACUGAAUCAGCAUCAGUGCAUGUGCUGCUGAUAAACCUGAUCAAAGGGAAUCUGCUUCCCUCUGCUCUCAUCUGGAUCACCUCUCGACCAGCAGCAGCUGAUCAAAUCCCCUCUGAGUGUGUCCAUCGAGUCACAGAGGUACGAGGGUUCAAUGACCCACAGAAGGAGGAGUACUUCAGGAAGAGAAUCAGUGAUCAGAGCCUGGCCAAUAACAUCAUCACACACCUGAAGUCAUUAAGAAGCCUCUACAUCAUGUGCCACAUCCCAGUCUUCUGCUGGAUUUCAGCCACUGUUCUAGAGAGAAUGUUGGGUGAAGCAGAGAGUGGAGAGAUCCCCAAGACUCUGACUCAAAUGUACACACACUUCCUCAUCAUUCAGACAAACAUCAUAAGAGAAAAGUACUCAAAGAAGCAGAAGAGUGAUGAAGAAAUGUUUCUUAAACUGGGAAAACUGGCUUUUCAGCAGCUGAAGAAAGGGAACCUGAUCUUCUAUGAGGAAAACCUGAGAGAGUGUGGUAUUGAUGUGAGAGAAGCAGCAGUGUACUCAGGUGUGUGUACGCAGAUCUUCAGAGAGGAGUUUGGGCUUCACCAGAGUAAAGUGUACUGCUUUGUUCAUCUGAGCAUUCAGGAGCACCUCGCAGCUCUAUAUGUGCACCUGACAUUCAUGAUGGAAAAGAGAAAUGUUCUUAAUCAGAAUCAGGUCUCUAAAUGGUGGAUGGAAAAAAUGACAAUCUCAGAAGUACACAAGAGUGCUGUAGAUCAGGCCUUAAAAAGUCAGACUGGACAUCUGGAUCUUUUCCUUCGCUUUCUUCUGGGUCUCUCACUGGAGUCCAAUCAGAAACUCUUACAGGACUUAGUAACACAGACAGGAAGUAGCUCCCAGAGCAUAGAGGAAACAGUUCAGUACAUUAAGAAGAAGAUCAGUGAAGAUCUUCCUACAGAGAAAUCCAUCAAUCUGUUCCACUGUCUGAAUGAACUGGGUGAUAAUUCUCUAGUGGAGGAAAUCCAACACUACCUGAAAUCUGGAAAACAAAGUGAACUCUCUUCUUCACAGUGGUCUGCUCUGGUGUUUGUGUUACUGACAUCAGCACAGGAGCUGGAAGAAUUUGACCUGAGUAAAUAUACCAGUACAGAUAAGAUAAGAGAAACUGUUCUUCUGAAGAUGAUGCCUGUGAUUGCAGCCUCCAGAAAAGCAAUUAUCAGGUGUGAUUCACUUGGAGUGAGAAGUUGGUCAGCUCUGGUCUCAGCACUCAGCUCAGAAACCUCCAAUCUGAGAGAACUGCAUCUGACUGUGAAAACACUGGAUCUGUCCUGGAAUGAACUAGGAGACUCAGGAGUGAAGAGUCUGUGUGCUGGACUGGAGAAUCCUCACUAUAAAGUGGAGAUACUAAGGUUGUAUAAGUGUCGUGUAUCAGAUGAAGGCUGUGCUGCUCUGACUUCAGCUCUGAGAUCAAACCCCUCACACCUGAGAGAACUGGAUCUGUCCUAUAAUAAUGUAGGAGACUCAGGAGUGAAGAGUCUCUCUGCUGUACUGGAGAAUCCUCACUGUAAACUGUACACACUGAGGUUGGAGUGUUGUGGUGUCUCAGAUGAAGGCUGUACUGCUCUGACUUCAGCUCUGAGAUCAAACCCCUCACACCUGAGAGAUCUGGAUCUGUCCUAUAAUAAUGUAGGAGACUCAGGAGUGAAGAGUUUCUCUGCUGUACUGGAGAAUCCUCACUGUAAACUGGAGAUACUGAAGUUGUAUAAUUGUGGGGUGUCAGAUGAAGGCUGUGCUGCUCUGACUUCAGCUCUGAGAUCAAACCCCUCACACCUGAGAGAACUGAAUCUGUCCUGUAAUAAAAUAGGAGACUCAGGAGUGAAGAGUCUCUCUGCUAUACUGGAGAAUCUUCACUGUAAACUGGAGACACUGACGUUGCGUGAUUGUGGUGUCUCAGAUGAAGGCUGUGCUGCUCUGACUUCAGCUCUGAGAUCAAACCCCUCACACCUGAGCGAACUGAAUCUAUCUGAUAAUAAAAUAGGAGACUCAGGAGUGAAGCUGCUCUCUGCUCUUAAGGAUAAUAAACAUUACAAACUACAGACACUGGAUUUGAUGAACAUCUGUGUGUGUGAUGAAGACUCCGGUGUUCCUGCAUUUCACUGUUAGGGAAUAGAGAACACAUUUAUAAACACAUCACUCAUUUAAUUAUAACACAUUAAACAGACUCAGACGUGAGAAGUGUGUGUUCAUCAUGCACAGUGAAUCAGACUGCACACGAUUCUACACUGAGUGUAUAAUGACCUCUGACCCCUGGAUAAAAUUUCCUGGACCUCUAUCUCAUAAAACACCUGAGGGAUUAUUUGGAAUAGCAGGUGAAAAAGCACAUGACCUCUAGCUGAACCCACAAACACCUUCUUUCUGUUGUGUAUCUUUUUAUGUUCUUCCCUCUCAUCUUUUUUAGGCAGGUCAGUAGUGGAAUCUUUUUUCAUGCGUACAUUGUAGACUGUUUUUGACUAAUUGAGAGCAUACUUAAAUAAAAUGCCUUGUCCAUCCUAAACUUUUCACCUUUUACAUUUACUUAACUUUUUUUCACUAAACACUCAGUGGUCAUUGUGAUAUAAUUAUAUUUCCUGUUCUGAUAUGGACAAUACUCCAUAGCACACUUCUCACUUUCUCCCCAUCAGCUGUUACUGUGAGGCAGAUUUUUGAAUUACUGACAGAUUUGUUUGUACUUUCACUUUGGAUGAACUGAAAUAGUUCUCUGAUGCAGUAUUUUGUGUUUUAUGAAAUCUCAUGAAGAUGGAUUGCAUGUUCUCUUUCUAGUUAGUUAGCAUUACUCAUUACUAGUCAGCUGGUUUUUUAUGCACAGUUUGUUUCAGAUCAAUGCUGGGACAGAUUAUCCAAUGGGCAUUAUGGGUAUGGGCCCAGGGGCCAAUGGGCACUUGGGGCCCAAGCGAGGGGCAGAAAUAUUUUUUUUUUUUUUUUUUUUUUUUUUUUUUACAUAGCUGACAGAGAGCAAUGUCUGGUUGGGCCACACAGGAUUAAAAAAGACGAACCCCAUUUAACGUCUACAGUGGAGAAGGCUGUAGAGAGUGUGGCAUUUAAAUGUAGCUUUUGACCUGAGUUUUGACCCGAAUCCGCCUUUUGCCGAACUCACUCUUCUCCCUUUUCCCAUCACAUACCAGACCGGAAAGGCAUUUAUUUUCAAUAAAAAUUAAGAAAAUCUAUGAAAAGUGGAAAUAAAGUGCCUAAUGACUGUUUGAUAAUAUUAUGUUUAUCGGUUAGGGGUAGGUGUAGGGAGGGCUUUAUUGUCCCAAUAAUUUGAAUAAAUUUAGUCGUUUACACUCUGUUAUUACUGCAUCCUGUACAACAAUACUGUGUGUGUGUGUGUGUGUGUGUGUGUCUGGU